UGCACGUCAGCUUUUAUUUAAUUUUAUGCCGAUACGAGGAGCUGCUGAAAUAAAAACAAUAAACUAGUUUACAAUGGCAGACAUCGUGUUUCGAUAUUUGUUUUUCGAUGAAAACAAACACGCGACGAACGCAUGCCCAAUGUACUAUAUAUAGGACCGACAACUGAGCCGUCUCCCAAACAUUUCGUUAAAGAAAGUCAAAGCGUACAGAUCGAUAGAUCGACAAAAGAGUCAAGUGAAAAUCUCAAUUUGAGAUUAAACAAAUCAAAGCUAAUAAAGUCAACCACAAUUCCACAAUUUCCCUUACAAAUACAAGUUAACAUUGGACAAUUUUCUUAACCGAUGUCAAAGAAACUUGUGUGUCAAUGAAUUACCGAGCGGACACCAAAGCUAAGCUACUUAACAAUUUAAGCCUUUCUAAACAUCUAUCCUCAAAACAAGGCGGCUCACGUACCACCAAUUGCGGCAAUCGUCUAGAAUUUGCCCUACUUACGCUACUACAAAACGUUCCUUGAAUCAAACGCCACC